CCAUUCCAACCACUACUACCACUACUACUACCACUACUACCACCACUACUACUACUACUACUACUACUACUACUACUACCACUAAUACUUCUACUACUACCACCAUGACGCCACCAAGAAUCCUAAUAACAGGGCUUGCAUUAUUGGGCGUGUGGGCGGCGGGCGCGGCGGCGCAGAGCAACAGCUGCGACCCCUCCUGCCCGGUGGACUGCGUGCCGGGCACCAACGUGCCCGACCCGCGCAACUGUGCCCAGUACUACACGUGCCUCGAGGACUGCACGCCCAGCGACCCCGUCUUCGAGUGUGCCGAGGGACACAAGUUCGACGUGGUGACGGCGCAGUGCCAGCCCGACGCCGGCGGCGUGACCUGCGGCUACUGCGUCCCGCCGUGCCGGUACACGUGCCGCGGAGGCACGGUCCUGGCGGUGGACAGGGAGGACUGCCACGGCGCCUGGCUCUGCGCCACCGACCCGCCGCUGCACGCCCACUGUGGGGACCUGUACUUCAACGGCACGGAGUGCCAGGACGACCCCGCCCAGUGCUGCGACCCGUGCGAGGCGGUCUGCGAGGCGGCCUUCACGGAGGUCAUGGACCCCGCCAGCUGCACACACUUCUACUACUGUGCCGAGGCGGGCUUCCCGCGGCCCGAGGACCGCUACGAGUGUGACGCCGGCGAGGUGUUCCUCGACGGCCACUGCACGGCGGAGGCCUCGGCUCCGUGCUACGAGCCGUGCGCAAACAAAAUUCGACCGCGCCAUCGCGCCUACCAGCCCUCAUGAGAACCGACUAGCGACUACUACUACUACUACUACUACUACUACUUCUAUUACUACUGCUACUACUACUACUACUUCUACUACAACUACUACUUCUACUACAACCACCACUACUACUACUACUACUGCUACAACAACCACCACUACUACUACUAGCCAUUGUUAUGUAUCUUCUGCAUAGCCGCCACAGAUAGAUAAAUUGAGAGAUAGAUUGAUAAAUUAAUAGAUAGUUAUAAAAAAGGUCUCCAUCUGUAUUCUUUCACACACACACACACACACACACACACACACACACACACACACACACACACACACACACACACACACACACUCACUCU